UCGCCUGGUCAACAACAGCGAAGAAAGCAAAGAGAGAGAAGCGCGAAGAAUCCCGGCGUAUCCGUAUCCCGAGAGUCCCGACGAUCCGAUCCGUAGUUCCAAAGUUUCCGCCGCGGAACCGCGAGUCCCAGUAACCCAGAAUCCCGAACCACAUCAAAAGAUGUGCCUUUCAUCCCCGAUUCCCGGCCAAAAACCGGCGCCUGCUGUGGGCCACUGCAACGGAUCCUGCAGCCUGGACAGGAAUGGCAAUCGCAGCUCCCCGAGUGUCCCAAACGGAGGCGAGCUGAAGCACAGAAGCACCCAUGCCACAGAUGCUACAUCACACACUCUAAUCAAAGAUGAGGACAAUCUGGGUUACAAGGAGGAGAAUGCAGUGUACAAGGAGAAUGUCCUGGAAAAGCAGAAGCUAUUGCUGGAUCAGGAGCAGAAGGUGAAGGAACCGGAGGUAGAGGAGGAGGAGGAGUACCACCCACAGAUCAGAUGGCCCGCUGGGGCCCAGGCCUUCCUGCACAUCGGCGCCCUAUAUGGAUUAUACCAGCUCUUCUACGCCAACUUCUACACAUUCCUUUGGGUGGUGGUCACCGUUUGGGUCUCCGGAAUUGGAAUCACGGCGGGAGCCCAUCGGCUUUGGUCGCACAAGUCCUACACGGCCUCCCUACCACUGAGGAUACUGCUGGCCUUUGCAUUUUCGAUUGCGGGGCAGAGAGAUGCAUAUACGUGGGCCCUGGAUCAUAGGAUACACCACAAGUUCUCGGAGACCGAUGCCGAUCCGCAUAAUGCGAAACGUGGCUUCUUCUUCGCCCACGUGGGCUGGCUCUUCCUGACUCCCCACCCCAAGGUCGUGGCCAAGAGGAAGGUCAUCGACAUGUCGGAUCUGGAGGCGGAUGCAGUCUGCAUGUUCCAGCGGAAGUACUACAUCCCGCUGUUCGCCCUCUGCUCCAUCGUCCUGCCGGUGGCGGUGCCCUGGUACUUCUGGAACGAGGACCUCUGGAUGUCCUUCUGGAUCAACUUCAACAUGCGCUUCACCUGGACCCUCAACGUGGCCUUCUUCGUGAACAGCGUGGCGCACAUGUAUGGCAACAAGCCGUACGACAAGAAUCUUAUGUCCACUGAGGCCCCCAUUGUCUCCCUGCUGGCCAUGGGAGAGGGAUGGCACAACUACCACCACGUCUUCCCCUGGGAUUACAAGACGGGGGAGUUCGGCAACUAUACUAAUAUCACCACCGGUUUCAUCGACUUCUGUGCCUGGCUGGGCCUGGCCACAGGACGUAAAUCGGUAUCCUCUGACAUGGUGUUGAGAAGAGCCAGGAAGUGCGGCGAUGGAACUCGCUUCCUAGACGACGACUUCGCCCACAAGGAUCCGGUGUGGGGUUUUGGGGACAAGGACAUUCCCCGCGAGGAUAUCGUGGAGCUGGCCAAGAUGCAGAACUAAGCUCAGCCAUGUAUUAUGUUUUCAGCCUGUGGUUUUCCUAGUAUUAAGUUUGUAGCACCAAGCCAUGCCUUUUGCCUCUGCUUAAAAGAUCUAAGCUUUCAUUUGAGGUUCUUCAGAGAUUUCAAAUGAAAGUUUAUAACCUUUAAGCUAGGCAUUUGACCCAUCCCCCAUCCCAUCCCAUCCCGGAUCACUAGGAUCGUCAUAUAGGGACGCUAAUCUCCCAUCGUUGCUUUCGUUACUUACCUGCGGGUCAAUAAACUAUGUUUUGUAUUAAAAGGCG